GUGGGGCCCGGGACGCUGACGUCUCGGCGCCAGCUCCGCCGGCCGCCCAUUGGUCCAGAUCGGGACAAAUCACUCCACCCCUCGGCGGGCCGGCCCCCGUUGAGGCCCACCCAACUGUGCCGCCUUCGCGGCCGCGGAUUGGCCCGUGACGGGACCCGUCGAUCGCGCUGGUGUCUGGGAGGGAGAGAAAAUGGCGGCCGAGCCGAGCAAGACAGAGAUCCAGACCCUUUUUAAGAGGCUUCGCGCAAUUCCGACCAACAAGGCCUGCUUCGACUGUGGCGCCAAGAAUCCGAGUUGGGCCAGCAUCACGUACGGUGUGUUCUUGUGCAUUGACUGUUCCGGGGUGCAUCGCUCCCUGGGCGUCCAUCUCAGCUUCAUCAGGUCCACAGAGUUGGAUUCCAACUGGAACUGGUUCCAGCUGAGGUGUAUGCAGGUCGGCGGGAAUGCCAAUGCGACAGCCUUCUUCCGCCAACAUGGAUGCACAGCCAGUGAUGCCAACACCAAAUAUAAUAGCCGAGCUGCCCAGAUGUACCGGGAAAAGAUCCGGCAGCUGGGGAGUGCGGCCCUGGCUAGGCAUGGCACUGAUCUUUGGAUAGACAAUAUGAGUAGUGCUGCCAGUCACUCGCCAGAGAAGAAGGACUCUGAUUUCUUCUCGGAACACACUCAACCCCCUGCCUGGAAUGCACCAGCCACGGACCCAUCAGAGACCCAGCAGCCACCCCCAUCUGCAGAGAGCAGUGGCCUGGCACAGCCGGAGCACGGCCCCAACAUGGAGCUGCUUGGCACCUCACCCAAAGCUUCUCUGGAGUCCAUGUAUCUGUCACCUAAAGGGGCUCUUCCUGCCAGAGAACUGAAAACCUCCCUCAUUGGCAAGAAGAAGCCAGCAGCAGCUAAGAAAGGGCUGGGUGCCAAGAAAGGCCUAGGGGCCCAGAAGGUGAGCAGCCAGAGUUUCAGCGAGAUUGAGCGGCAGGCCCAGGUGGCAGAGAAGCUCCGUGAGCAGCAGGUGGCUGAUGCCAAGAAGCAGGCCGAGGAGUCCAUGGUUGCCUCCAUGCGUCUGGCCUACCAGGAGCUUCAGAUUGACCGUAAGAAGGAGGAGAAGAAGCUACAGAAUCUGGAAGGGAAGAAGCGAGAGCAGGCAGAGAGGUUGGGCAUGGGACUGGUGUCCCGAAGUUCCGUCUCCCACUCGGUGCUGUCUGAGAUGCAGGUGAUCGAACAGGAAACCCCAGUGAGUGCAAAAUCCUCCCGCUCACAGCUGGACUUGUUUGACGAUGUUGGUACUUUCGCCUCUGGACCCCCAAAGUACAAGGACAACCCCUUUUCCUUGGGGGAGAGUUUUGGUUCCCGCUGGGAUACAGAUGCUGCCUGGGGUAUGGACGGGAUGGAGGAGAAGGAGCCAGAAGUGACUGUCUCAAGCGUCCGGCCCAUUUCAGAAAGAGUCACAAACCGGAGGGAAGUGGAAAGCCGGAGCUCAGGCCUUGAGUCGAGUGAAGCACGACAGAAAUUUGCAGGAGCCAAAGCCAUCUCAUCUGACAUGUUCUUUGGGCGGGAAGUGGAUACUGAGCAUGAAGCCAGGUCCCGGCUACAGCGGCUCUCGGGCAGCAGCGCCAUCAGCUCUUCGGACCUCUUUGGGGACAUGGAUGGUGCUCAUGGAGCAGGUAGUGUGUCUCUGGGGAAUGUGCUGCCCACAGCUGACAUUGCCCAGUUUAAGCAGGGUGUCAAGUCUGUGGCCGGGAAGAUGGCCGUGCUGGCCAAUGGUGUGAUGAAUUCUUUGCAGGAUCGCUAUGGUUCCUACUGAUCCAGGCUCCAUGGCUCAGACAUAUGGUGUUGACAGCAGCAAAAACCUCAUGAUUCCUAGGCCUGGGAUGCUUGCCUUGUGGAAGCUGGGGAGGCAUUGUUAUUUUAUACCUGUGGUGUGUGAGUGGGUGGCCUUUGAGGAUCUCGGGUGAGGGAUGGGCAGUAUCAGCCCCUGACCUCUGCCUGGAGAUUGCGCCCUUUAUCCUCUUCUUCUCCCCCUCCCACUCCUGUGUGCUAGAUUAUUGUUAAUCCAGUCCUGCCCCCAAAGCUGCUGCUCGCUUGUCCUGCCACACUGGGAGUGAGGGGGGAGAGUUCCCUCAGGAUGGCUUAUCCUGGGUCCAGGCCUUCCUGGAGUAGGGAAAGUAAAAAGUAUAAGGCAUUUUUGCUGGCUCUAGGAUCCUUCCAGAUUGUCUGGGGGUUUGGCCCCUGUCCUCUGGAACCAGCAGGGAGGUCAGGAAAGAGUUCUGCUGUAGAUCAGCCCCCAGGGGAGGGAGGCUCUGGACUAGGCUGCUGCUGUUGCUGCUCCAGUGGUCUCUUCUGGGCACCAGGAGAGGGCAGGGGAGGGGAAGGACCUUCGUGUGGGCCUUACUGAGGGCUAGAAACUUUACCUGGUACCUAAAGGUUUCAUUUGGGGUCAGACUGGAGGCCCGAGUGAUCUUCUCCUGUCUCACUGCCCCUUUUUCCAGUGAUCACUUGGAGGAUUACUUCUCCUCCUGGGUGUCUCGGAGUCCUCCCAUACCAUCCAUUGUGGACCACAGGACCCUCUGUCCCCUCCCGAGACUCUGUCCCUUCUUCUCUUGCUUGGUGGCCAUGGUGGGUCUCAUCUGCCCUGUGCUCUGCUCUGGAUGCUGAGAGUGUAAAGCUGGCCAAGAAAGCAGAGGACGUGAGGGACAGAAGCAGGCUCCUGGGGCUCAGCUUUCUUCCUCCUCAUCAUCUGGGUCUUGGGGCCCGGACAGCACCCCACCACUGAGAGCUUGAGGCGCCUCCAGAGCUGCAGGUCUCACCCCUCUGGGCCACACACUCAUCCUUGGUGCCAUCGGCCCCUGCCGUGCUGGCAGCCUGGCCCCGCCCCACCCCGUGGUUGAGGGUUGAGGUUCCAAGCAACACAGACCACUGUUCCCACCACCCCCUCACCCAAAGGGAUGUGACUUUCUUUCUGGACUGUUUGUAUUGAAACGAAGUGGUGUCAAAUAAAGCCCCGACGGGGCCCUAGGCCUCUGUUGGUCUGAGUGAA